AUGGACAUCAGGACAACAACCAUGGACCAACCCAUGGCCUUCACGUCGUACACUACCGUGCCCUACAGCACUGGCCAACUUCAAACCUGCCCUGAAUCUUUAACGGACUUCUCGCCAGUUGCCCUUUACGAGGACUUCAACAGCACCGACUUCAAUUCCGACUCUGCGGGAUCCCCUGUAUCGCCCAUCUCCCCUGUGCCAAGCGCCACUUCUUUCGGUUUAUUUUCGCCAUAUGGUGAUGAUUUGUUUAGAUGGGGAAAGUUUGAGCGUGAGCACUUUGAGCAUUCCCCAGAGUCUGAAGACUGCUUCAAGUCUGAGCCCUACGACGGAAGCCUCAUCUCGACCCUCCCACCCCGGCCUCUUACCGCCAGCCCAUCUAUCAACCCCGUUGAGCUCUCGCUAGAGGUGCCCACGACUACACAAGACCUUAACUUCAACUUCGAAGGCACAAACACCAACUCGCCACUGUUCCAGUCUCAAGUCAUGGGUGUAACACCCCCCUCGCAACGGUCUACCCCGGCUGCCGUUAUUGAGCCACAACCACAACAGCAACAACCUAUCGAACUUGCUGAGGAUGUGAAGCGUUACCCCUCGCGCAACAACCUCAAGCGCAAGUCUUCCUGCUCUUCGUCUUCCGAUGAAGAGGAAUGUCGCCCAGCCAAGCGCGUCUCCCUAUCCCCGCCGCCCAACUCGUCCCACAGCCCACCGACUAAGAAGGAAAAGAGCACUUCCCCCCCAUCCAUGACGGCCCCCAAGAAGACGGCCCACAACAUGAUCGAGAAGAGAUAUCGCACCAACCUCAACGACAAGAUCGCAGCGCUUCGCGACUCUGUUCCAUCUCUUCGCAUCGCAGCCAUGCGCAUGGAGAGCGGCAAUUACGAUGAUGAGUAUGAGGGCGAGGAAGGGGAUUUGAGCGGUCUGAUUCCGGCUCCCAAGCUCAACAAGGCGACCAUCCUCAGUAAGGCGACGGAGUAUAUCAGCCAGCUUGAAAGGAGGAAUCAUGGUCUGGAGACGGAGAACAGUGCACUAAGAGGAAGGAUGGAAGGCUUGGAGAUGCUUUUGAUCAGCCGUGGUGGCGGUCCUUCCGGUACAUUUGUGUGGAAUCACCAGGAGUGGUCCAGGUGA